UCACACCCCCACUCUCACCCUCCCUCACACACCCACUCUCACCCUCCCCCACUCUCACCCUCCCUCACACCCCCACUCUCACCCUCCCUCACACCCCCACUCUCACCCUCCCUCACACCCCCACUCUCACCCUCCCUCACACCCCCACUCUCACCCUCCCUCACACCCCCACUCUCACCCUCCCUCACACCCCCACUCUCACCCUCCCUCACACCCCCACUCUCACCCUCCCUCACACCCCCACUCUCACCCUCCCUCACACCCCCACUCUCACCCUCCCUCACACCCCCACUCUCACCCUCCCUCACACCCCCACUCUCACCCUCCCUCACACCCCCACUCUCACCCUCUAUCACCCCCACUGUCACCCUCCAUCACACCCCCACUGUCACCCUCCAUCACACCCCCACUGUCACC